CCUUCUGCUCCUUUUUUUCCACGUAGCCCAUCGCAUCACCAAUUUACCCAGUUUUUUCUAGUAGAGUCAUGGACACUUCACAAACAUCCCACGCAAUUGAAUUUCAAAAAGUGCUUAAAGCCUUCAAGUUAAAAGCAAAUCUUAGUGCAAAUGAGGAGAUGGAGUUUAGCUUUACGACUCUUCAGGACCUUUACAACGCAAUUUAUAAGAUGCAAUCUCAUCACGAAUCUACUAGGAAAAUGGUUUACAUGAAAAGGUUGGCUCCCUUCUUGGAGACCAUGGAACAGUACGGUAAAGUCAUCGAAAUUUUCACGAAUGCAGCAGACGUCGUUGCGUUUAUAUGGGGCCCUAUGAAGCUUCUAUUACAAAUUGCUUCGAAUUUCUCUGAAGCUUUAAGUAAGCUCCUUGAUGCAUAUGAGAAAAUUGGAGAGAACAUGCCGCAAGUGCAGCAAUACCAAAGCCUCUUUCAAGAGAGCCCUCAUAUGAGGAAGGUUUUGACUAUGAUGUAUGAGAAUUUGCUGGAUUUCCACCAAGAAGCAUUGAGAUAUUUCAGGAGACGAGCAUGGGAUAAACUUUUCCAAGCCACUUGGAGAGGGUUCACUUCUAGAAUUGACGAAAUUGUGAGAAACAUGCACCGCCAUCAGGACCUCCUGCAUACCCAGGCAAACAUCGUUGAGUUUGAAGAGAUAAUCAAGAUUAGAGCGAAGAUCGAUGCCGAUUUCCAAAUCUCAAGGGAGGAACAGCAAGGACGCCAGCGUUCGGCCAUCCAACAUUGGCUAUCCGCUGCAAGUUCAGAGGUAAUCCAAGAAAAAGGAUGUGAAGUCAGAGCAGCCUGCCCAAGUUCAGGGCAUUGGUUCUUGGCAGAUAGCCGGGUUUUGAAAUGGUUCAAUCCAAACUUUUGUACAACACCACUGUUGUGGUUGAACGGUAUUCCGGGAGCAGGGAAAACCGUACUAGCCUCACUAAUUGUGGAAAAAGCCCAAAACAUUGGCGUAAACAUCGCAUUUUUCUACUGCAAAUACGAGGAUACAGAUCGGAACUCCUUUAUAGCCGUUGCUAGAGGUAUCCUUUCGCAACUGCUACAGCAAAAUGAAGACUUGGUAUCAUCGUUCUACGAAAAAUUAUCUCGAAGCGGUGAAACAACGCUAUCUAGCGCUAAACUCGCAAAAGAGCUACUCGAUCUUGCUUUUGGGGCUUGUGGCAAAACAUACCUUGUACUUGACGGGCUUGACGAGUGCAAUAGAGAAGAGCGGAGGAAAGUUUCGGAAUACUUCCGGAAUGUUGUGUGUAGUCUUCCUCGGGCGGAUGCAGACCGCAUCCGUUGUCUUUUUGUCAGCCAAGAUGACGGUUAUGCAAGAAAAGAUCUAAAAGACAUUGUCUCCAUCAAGCUGACAGCAGAAGAUAACAUGGAGGAUAUCAAGAGCCUCGUUCAAAUCUGGGAAAAGAAAAUUCAGGACAAAUUUCACUUUGAUACGACUGGGCAAGACAUUGCCAGGACGAUCACUGAAAGGUCUCAAGGGAUGUUCCUGUUUGCGACAUUAAUGGUCCAACAUCUCUAUAAUCAACCAACUCUCAAAGAUCUACAGCAAGAGAUUCAACCAGAUACUUUCCCUCGGGGGCUUAAUGAAGCGUAUGACAGGAUACUAAAACGCAUUUUCGACGACAGUGUAUCAUCUCAGCAAGAACGCAGUAGUAAAAUACUACUCGAGUUGGUUGUCUGUACAAAACGGCCUCUGGCAUGGCAUGAAAUUCAAGGUGCAAUAUCAGUCGAUCUCAUUGAGCGGAUUGUAGACGAGACACGCCGAUUAACGGGUGACUGGAAAGAUUGGGGGAGCUCUCUACUCGAGCUACGCUCAGAUGAAUCUGUGGACCUUGUUCAUUCGUCUGCGAAGAAAUACCUAAUUGAGAAAGGAUAUGUCAAGACUUCCGAAGUUGAUCAUAAUCUCAACAUGAAGUGCUUGGAGUAUCUUUGUUUCGAUUAUCUCACUCUCCCAGUAUUGGAAACAUCAGACCCGGACGUCAUAGAAAAUGUUGUCUUGGAUGGAUAUUUCGCAUUCAUGGAAUAUUCCGUAGCUCACUGGGUAUCUCACUUCGAAGCUGACGUAACAACUCCGGGCCACAUUUGUCUACUGGAAAACCUGGAAGAGCUUGUAGAAGACUUCCUAGAUAUUCACUGGUCGAAUUCUACCGCGGAGCACUUGGCAGUCUCCAACACAAUGCGUACCAAACUGGAGCCAUUGCGGUCUUGGCCAUCUUACGAUAAGUUGACACAAGCAAUAAUCUUCUCAAGGAAGCAGCUUGGGUUGUUUGGGAGAAACCCGUCGGAUGACGAUGUCCUCGGCUUGUCUCGUGUUGUUUCAGGAGUUCGACAGGUACUGGAACGUACUGCUUUAUCUGCUCAAGCUCUACCCUCAACUCACACAAAACUGGUCAGCAUGUAUGGGUCGAAGAUUUUUAAGUGUCCAAAGAUCAACUGUCGAUUUUUUCAUAUCGGCUUUGAUACCCAAAUACAACGAGACCAGCAUGUUGCCAGACAUGAACGAGCAUUUCUCUGCACAAUCGAAGGCUGCCCUGGCGCGACUCUCGGCUUUGUCACCUUAAAGGUCUUGGAGAAACAUUUGCUCGAUAACCAUGAUAUUGAUGAUACUGACGAAAUUGAAUUUCCCAACGUCUCGACACCUGCUGCUAAGCAAGGAACUGGGGACAUUCCAUGUCCGGAAUGCGGAAAGAAGUUCACUAAAUCCUACAAUAUGAAUGCUCAUCUGAAGGCGGCACAUCAGAAUCAAAAAAGGCAUUGCUGCGAUGAAUGCAACAAGAAUUUUGCCAGACGCUCCGAUCUUUUACGACACAUGAAGUCGCACUCUGGCGAGAAGGAACACGAGUGUGGUGGACUGCUAAAAGACGGAAACACUUGGGGUUGUGGAGCAAAAUUUACUCGUGCGGACAAGUUGAAGCAGCAUCUACAGAGCGACGCGGGUCGCCGUUGCCAACAACCUUUAUUCGAGGAGCAGGCCCAAGAAAAGGCGGAGCGACAAGAAGCUGAAGAGCGGGAGCGUAUUCGAGCAGAGCAAGCAGCCUUGGAGCUUGAACGUAUCAAAAUCGAAGAGGAGGCGGCUCGGGAACGAGCAAAGAUAGAAGUGACAGCACAAGCAAGAGAACAGGCUCGCCGCCAUGCAGAUGCAAUGGCAAAAGAAUGGAUGCGGAUACAGCAAGAAGAAGAAGGACGGAAGAAAACAUUCAGAAACGCACAAGAGCAGAGCUGGCGCGAUGCACUUGUGAAAAUCCCUGCUAUCACCGGCGAGCCACCCUCCCCACCAAAAGGCUCAACUCCCUUGCCUCCUUUCUCUUCACUAUGUAAUGCUUUCCCUGAUAAAGAGUUUGAUUGAAGAAAGAUAGUUUUACGCAUAUUACAUAACCAUAGUACCUUGUGGCAACACACCUUCUACAAUAGCGAAAAUUGUCGUUAUGUGCUUUUAGUUGUGGAAAAACAUGUGGGUGGACACUAUUUCUUUAUCUACAGCACUAAAAAAAGUGCAGGGUAUGGCGUUACUUGUUCUUUUUUUCUUGCCUCCAGAACGCUCGCUAAGGCAAACAUCAAGACAUGAUAGCAUAAACCAUACUAAACAUUUGAAAUAGAACAUAAUGAAAGGGUGAGAGGAGAAUCAGUCGGCGUGGGGGCAUGGAUGCGUGGGGGCGUGGGGGUGAUAAACGGUUCCAUUUUUUUAGGAGCUGUUUUUGAAGGGCGCAAUAUUUUCUAAGCCAAUAUUUCCAUUUUGGGAAAACAUUUGGGGGUCAUGACC